ACCGUCAGGCGCCGCCACAGGAACCACGGCACAGCUAAAUCCAACGUGUGUGUAUGCCGACUUCUUAUUAAGCGGAAUAAACUCCUACUUCAAUAUGGAUUUUGACUCCAUGAAAUAUGCUGAGUUGCGGAGCAUUGCCAAGGAGCUCGGACUAAAGGCCAACAUGAAGGCAGAUAAGCUGUUGAAGGCGAUCAAGCAGCAUUAUCAACAAGUAAAUACCGAAGACGAGCAAAAGAAGGAGCAAGAAGAUAGCGUUUCUGCAGUUGAAGAGGAAGAACAUGCACUCCAGGACAGUGCUCAGGAGGGUAAAGAAACCAAGGAGGAAGUUUCCAGCUCCACUGUGUUUGUGAACACACGAAGGGGCAAAGGAAACGGUACCAAGAGAAAGAUCUCUGAUACUGCUGCAGUGACCGAGGAGGAUGCAAAGGUUGAUGCCAAGGAGCCUGUGUGCGUUGAACCCUGUGAGAGGAGGGCUUCUAAGAAAAGAAAAAUCUCCUCUAUGAGGGACUCUGACAAAACUGAAACCGAGCCUCCCAGGGAGAGCCAGACCACAGACUCUGAGCAGCAGCAGCCUGAUAAAAAAGCACCAAAAGGACCCAAAGGAGGGAGGAUCCCUCGUUACCAAGGGUCCCAACAGAAGAACAAACCGUUGCUGAAGCCUGUCACUCCAAAUUUCAAAAAACUCCAUGAGGCACAUUUCAACAAGAUGGAGUCGAUCGAUUCGUAUGUGCAGAGAAAGACCAAACAGAUGGAGAGUUAUAAAAAUUCAGUCAAAGAGCUGAAGAAGCUUGCAGAAAAGACUAAGUUGCAGCAGCCUGAAAACAAGCCACAAGUUCGGGUGAAUCCGAGUCGUACCUCCAUGUUCAGCCCGGCCCCUCUGACUAAUAAGGCAGCAGAGGAGAGGCGCAGACACACUCUCCUCUCAGCCAGUAAAGCCCCUGUAAACAAACCAGCCAGGAAAGAAGUGGUUCCGUUCAGACCGUCUGUGCUUUCCACUCGCAGGAUCAAUGUUAGAUUCUCAGAGGCCACUCAUGAUAACGAGUACAAGAAGUCUUUGAUAAAGACCCCAGCACGCAUGUCGCCCUGUGUAACCUCCAGCACCCCGCUCAAACCUGCAGCUGAUGGAGGAAAGACCAACGUCAAACCUGCAGCUGUCUCUGUUACUAAAACUCCAGCAACGUUUGUUUUCACUGGCAACACAAGCACAUCCACAACCCCAGGAACUCAGAAGAAGGCGACCUUUGACCUGAAGGCCAGUCUGUCUCGUCCUCUCUCCUAUAAGCCUCACACAGGUAAACUGAAGCCGUUUGGGGACACCAAAGAAAACCCAGCUGCAAACAAGUCACUGAUCUCAAACUCCCACCAGAAAAACUACAAACAGCACCAGGUCCAGACAAGGGUGGACAGGAGAGCGAAACAGGUUGAAGAGAGGAAACAGAAGAAGGAGAGCAUGCUCGGAGCCAGGAGAGGCCUCGUCAUGAUGUAAAAAAAAAAAAAAUGCAGUACUUGUUUGUGGACGUUUGUACAGCCUGUUCUUUCUCUGUAAAUAUUUUGCUGUCUGAAUUUGUAUUUUUGCAAACUUUUAACCUGCUGUUAGGAAAAUAGACCAGCAUUUAACACUUCUGUUCAAUAUCUAGUACUCUGAUUUUAGACUCAAGCAUUAGUUAAAACACCUUUUAUAGCUCUGAUGAUUCAUUUAUAAACUUUGAUGUUACGUCAUAUUUUGCUACAUUGAACCUGGCAGUUUGUUUUAAAAAAUGGUGAUUGAUAUUUUUACACUUUUGGGAUAGACUGAUAAAAAAAGACAUUGAUGCAAAAUAUUUCCUUGUCUGCAUUCUUGAUUUAUAAAUUGAUUUUUGUGUUUCUUUAGUAAUGGAAAAGUUGCACAGGGGCAGAGUUUGUUAAAGAAAUCAGCCCAACUAAAAGGCAACAUGUAAAUAUUUUCACUGAUAAUAAAGAUUUGUUGAGAUCA